AUGCACAACAACGUCGUUGAGGGUCCAAACAAAUGGGAAGCUCCAAGUCCGGGAUGGGUUAAAGCUAACUGGGAUGCUGCUUUGAACUGUAAAAAGGGGCGAAUGGGAGGUGGGGUGGUGAUACGGGACUGCUGUGGACAAGUGGUAGUGGCGAGAUGUUUCUCUUGUGGGGGGAACCCCUCACCGAUAGCAGCUAAAUCAAUGGCGGCAUUGGUGGCUAUAGACUUAUGCCGGGACAUGGGGAUCACUCAUGUGCAUCUGGAAGGGGAUGCUAAAAAUCUUGUAGAUGCUGUUAAUUGCGAAGAGGCUAAUUGGAGUCGACUGGGUCAUGUUGUGGAAAAUAUCAAGAUUGAACUCCAGAUUCUCCAAGUCACCGAGAAAUCGUUCUAUGAUGUUCUCGGUCAGAAAUCCCCUCGUUCCCUCGACCAAGACCGACCACCGCUCUCUGUCAAUCACAUCGCGGAGAGCCCUGAAGAUGUUUUUCGAGGUAGUAAUUUUGGUGCUGCAAAUCAGCGGCCGCUCGGUGAUGGGAUGGAGCUUUUGAAUCCGAACUUUUUUACUAGCAAUGAAUUUCUGUUGCAAUUUCGGAGAGGAUUAGAGGAAGCUAGCCAGUUCCUUCCCGUGGAGAAGGGAAGGAAGAAUCACGAGAGGGAAGAUACAGAUUUGGAAGGGAGGAGCAAUAAGCAGUCGGCGGUUUCUACGGAGGAGAGUGACUUAUCGGAGAUGUUCGAUAAGGUGUUGCUUUCUACUGAUGCGCUUCCUCUGAUUUGCGUUAACAAUGAAACCCUCCAGAAUGAAGCCUCGCAGCCAAAUGGUGGGAAGAGUCGUGAUAAGAGACAGGGGAAGAAGAAGAAGAAGAAAAAGGAGGAUAGGAGUGUUGAUUUGGCCACCCUUCUGAUCCAAUGUGCACAAGCCUUCGCCGGAGGUGACAUUAGAAAUGCAAAUGUGUUAAUGAAGCAGAUUAGGCAGCACUCUUCCCCUUCCGGUGAUGGGUCUCAGAGAUUGGCCCAUUACUUUGUUAAUGCCCUUGAAGCACGCUUGGCUGGCACUGGCACAAGAACUCAAAUGUUCUUUAGUUCUUUCGUUCCCAAGAGGUUGUCAGCGUCUCAAAUAUUGAAUGCUUACAAAGCUCUUAUUUCAACCUGCCCAUUCGUGAGGAUGACGGUAUUCUUCAUAGACAAAAUGAUUUAUAAAGUAGCAGAGAAAUCCACAAGUCUUCACAUUAUAGACUUCGGUAUCCAAUAUGGUUUCCAUUGGCCAAUUCUGAUCGAGAAACUCUCAAAAAGAGCUGGUGGACCUCCCAAGCUACGUAUCACCGGUAUACAGCUCCCCCAACCUGGAUUCCGUCCAACGGAGAUGAUCGAUGAGACCGGCCACCGCUUGGCAAAGUACUCCGAGCAGUUUAAUGUUCCUUUUGAGUACCAUGCCAUUACUUCAAACACCUGGGAGGCCAUCAAAAUUGAGGACCUCAAGAUUGACCGAAAUGAGACGCUUGCUAUUAACUGUUUGUGCCGGUUUAGGAACCUACUUGAUGGGUUGGUUGAAGAGAAAAGUCCACGGGAUGCUGUUUUGAGGUUAAUCAGGAGGAUGAAUCCCGACAUCUUUGUCCAUUCUGUUGUUAAUGGAUCCUAUAACGUCCCCUCCUUCGAGUUGCGGUUUCGAGAAGCACUCUUCUACUACUCUGCAUUGUUUGACAUAUUUGAUGCUACUCUACCCCGUGAAAACCAAGAGAGAUUGUUUUUAGAGAGAGAGUUCUAUGGGAGGGAGGUUAUGAAUGUUAUAGCAUGUGAGGGGUUAGAGAGGGUUGAGCGGCCGGAGACAUACAAGCAGUGGCAGGUCCGGACAAUGAGAGCCGGUUUCCGGCAACUUCCAUUGGACCAAGAGCUGAUGAACAAAUUGAGGUCUAAGUUGAAGGAAUGGUACCACAAGGAUUUUGAGGUUGAAGAAGAUAACCAUUGGUUUCUUCAGGGGUGGAAGGGUCGCAUUGUCUAUGCUUCCACCUGUUGGGUUCCGGCUUAGUUUGUUAAUCCUUGUUAAGAAUUUUUUUUUUUUUUUUUUUAUUUUAGUAUGUGUUUUGUGUUUUAAAUUUGUUAAUGUUUUGGUUUUGAAAAAAUCAAAAGAAAAAACGAAAAAGGAAAAAAGAAAAAGAGCAGAACAAAGUUUUAUCAAACAAAGUCAUGGCUAUGAUUUACUUUGGUUAUGGUGCAAAGAUUAUUCUCGUUCAAUCUUCAAUCUCUCUGUUUUGA